AAGAGGGGCGCCCAGUGGCAAAGAGCGUGUGCUGUGAGCCCGGAAGCCCUGAGUGCAAAGGUCACCUCAGCUGGAUGUGCAAAGCGGAGGUAGGGCUGGUCAGUACAAGCACAGGCAGGAGGGGAAUCUGCAGAGGCACCGUCUGUUUCUUCUUCUUCUUAAGAUCUUAGGAAAGUGAAAUUCAGAAACAGGAAGGCAUCGCUGUAGCUGGAAGGGGAGGAGUCGCUCUCGCAAAGCACACCAUGCCCAAGCCGACCUGCACAGAGAGGGCUCUGUUUAGAAAGCUGCUUGGCUUCGCCUCAGAGAGCCGGUUGGUAUUACAUCACCUCAGGCCCAUUUCAGUUAUUAGUUGAGUGCAGACACUUCCUGGUCUGUUUGCAACACACACCGAAGGGCUUUGCAGAGCGGGCCUGAGGAGCAUCGCCUGCCCCUUCCAGGCUGCAGCAGCUUGGCCAUGGCCCUGGUGGAGACCAUCCGCCUCUGGAGCGAGGGUGUCUCUGCGGCAGAUCGCAAGGACUGGGCCGGCGCCCUGGCCGCCUUCACUGCCGUUCAGAAGCCUUCUUCCAAAAUCUGCUUUAACAUCGGCUGCAUCCACCUGAUCAUGGGGAAUUUGGAGGAGGCCCAGCAGGUAAAGUGGACAAGUCUUAAUAUUGUGCAGGGUUUCUUUAAAAAACCCUAACUAACUGGUGGGUGGCUGCUGUAGCUGAGGACGUACUGAAAGAAGUUUCAGGGAGAGGGAUUUGCACAAAGCCAGCAGAGAACAAAGUAAAGUUUCACAUUUUUUAUUACAGCAGUUUGAGUUGCAGAUGAUUUAACUGGCAAGUGACGAUUUUCUGUGCUAAAAACAGCUGGGUAUUCUUCUCCAUAAUUACACCAAAUAAGAAUUUAGGAUUGUACUGGUUUUGGCUGUAGGUUUUUCAAAACAAACGAGCAAAUAAACAAACCUCCUCUGCAUGUAGUAAGCUAGCAGAUCAGGGGCGAAGGUUUAGUGUAGCUGUCUCCUUGAUUUGUUAAUUUUCUACUCGCAGGGAUGGGUGACCUGGGGCUAGUCAUUUUAUCUCAGCCUAACCUAUGUCACAGGGUUGUUGCAAAAACUAAAUCGUGGGAGGUGGUGGUAAAGAUAGAAUCCUGUACACUUUGAGCAAAGGGCACAAUAUAAAUAUAAUUAUAAUUAUUAUGAUGCAUAUUAAUUAUGAAACACUACAUUGUGAUAUGAACAGUGAAAGAGUACUAUAUAAAGAUGAUUGAUUAAAUAUUAUAUUAUUAUGAGCCAAACUGUUACACCAUUCAGCCACUUUGCCAGAAGUUCCUAGAACUAGCGACAGGCUCAGACCCAGCAUGGUGGUCAGAGGAAUUGUACAGGGCCAGUGAAACCAGAAAAGCUGCAGUUGUAAAGUUCACCAAUUGUUCAGAAGCUGAAGAGUGGAGCAGUGUGUAAUAAUAGCCUUGCACCCACCAGCCAGUGCUGUAGAAGUGAGCUGCAGUAGAUAUUUCAAAUCUAAUAGUGAAAUAGGAAAUUGCAUAAAAGGGUGUACAUUGCAGGGUCAUGUCACAGGUUUGACUCAGGAUGACUGGCUAGUUCAGGUCAUCAGUGCAUUUUUGAACUGCCUACCCAAACACAGCCAACACUCUUGCAGAGUUGCUUGGUUUUUGAUUUCCAAAGCAAUCCUGCCCUGCUGGGGGCAGCCAGGGGGCAGAGCAAUAACAGGGAGAGCUAGAAACUUGAGGGUCCCGGUGGAACCUGGCAGGCUGUGAGUAGAGGCUGCAGGUCACUGAUCUUGCCGGCUCCAGUGUUGGAAUCCCGUCGGGAACACUUUGUGUGACAGAAAUCAUGCCUAUGUCUCCAUAACGUCUGCUUCCUUCAGGCUCUUACCAGAAGCAUUAACAAUGACAAACACUUAGCAGUGGCCUACUUCCACCGAGGAUCUGUGGCGUACCAGAUGGAAAUGUGAGUUAUUAUUAUUAUUUUUUAUCCUGGCUCUUCCUCUCAAAGGAGCCCUGGGCAGCAAAAAUCAAAGCAGAAGCAAAGCGAAAGAAACCAAAUACAGUUAAAAACAAAAACAUUUUAAUAGUUAAAAAAAAAUUAAAACUAGGGGAUGGUGACUCUGCUUGCUGCACUCACCAACCUCACCUGCCCCAUUGCCAACUGCCCUUCCCCCACAAAUGACCAAAUCUCCCUCACAGCUCAGCCCCAACUCCCAGCUCCGUCUACCUUUAAAGCUCGCUGCGGGUGUGUUCAGUGGAGGGGGUGCCCUUCACAGUACCUGCCUCCUCAGUUCACACCUCACCUGGUCUGCUUGCUCCCUGGCUGCAGUUCCUCAUGCUGGAGUUAUUGUGACCACCGACUGGCAGCCACAUGAACUGCCGCACGACAACAGCCUUACCCAGGAGUCGGCAAAAUGUUUUAGCCGUGCGCUGGUCCACUGUCCCUCAGACCUUGUGGCGGGCUAUGGAAGCAGCAUCGGGGGGCGGGGGGGGGAGCUGGAAGAAGAGGCAAGGGGGCAAGUAGUCCCCCCCAGCCGCUGCGCUUACCUUCCCAGGCGCUGCCACCACCACUGCUUCUGCUGCUCAUGGGUAGGCAGAGGGAGCUCGUCCGCUCCGCUCUCUGGCCCACAGAAGCACCAGGGCGGCAGCGGUGGAGGGAAGAUGAGCGGUGCGAAAGGGCUGGCUCCGGAGAGGGGCUGCUUAAAAUGGUGCUCAGCCCAGCCCCCUUCCUCCUCUAGGCAGGGCGGGGAGAAGCCAGGAGGAGGGAGGGAGGAGGUGCCGCCAUGGUGUGUAAAUGGCGCAGGAAAAAAAGGUGCAGCCUGAUUGAACAGAAUCCCCACACCGAUCCACAGACAGUCUGCGGGCCAGAUCCUGAAGGCAAUUGGACCAGAUCCGGCCCGUGGGCCUUAGUUUGCUGACCCUUGGCAUUACCCUUUUGUGUACAUAGGAAGACAUAAUGUAAUAUAAUAUCCUACAAGAGAGCUUUCCAAAUUGGGUGUUGCGACACAUUAGUGUGUCGACUGCAGUGUGUAGGUGUGUCGCAUGAACGCUCCCCACGCUCCUCACAGGGCUAGAAAGGGGUUAGUUUAACCUCCAGUUUGCUAGUAAAACUGAAUUACUGUUUUGCAAAAUGAUCCAUAUUUAAAAAGUGUGUCACCAACAUGAAAAGUUUGGAAAGCUCUGCCCUACAAGGUUAAUGGGACAGUUUAUGGUUUGUUUUUUUACAUAUCAUCUUUAUUAAAUUUUCUUUUUAAUAUACAUCAUAAUUGCCAUUUUCCAUCCAAAAUAUACAUAAACCAAUAAAAAAUACUUGAGUGUUAGAAAUUACAUGAAUUUAUAUAAUAAAGUAAGUUACUAAGACUUCCCUCCCCACAAACAUGAUGUUCAUCAGUUCAGACAGUUCCCGCUAGUCACAUCCACGCCAUACAUUUAAAGCACUCUUAGACCAUCUAAACAGUCAUGGCUUCUACCAAAGUAUCCUGGGAAUUGCAGUUUGUUAAGGAUGGUGACCUUUGGAGCUAUAAUUCCCAGCACCCUUGGCAAACUACCGUUCCCAGAAUUCUCCAUGACUCUUAAAGUGAUAUAAUAAUAAAAAUAAAUGGGUUGCAAUAACCCAAAAUCUGGACCAAGAGAACCUGCAUAAAUUAUGUGACUCAGACACAUUUGCCUAUAUAUUCUUAUUUUGUGUAAUUUAUUCUGUUCCCUGUCAGAUUUACAUAAAUUCUACUUUAUAUGAAUAGAUAAAUAAUAAUAAUAAUACUUAUGUAGUAGAAGUAGUAGUAGUAGUAGUAAUAAUUUAGUGCCAUUGAUGUACAUGGUGACUUACAAAGUAUGGAAGGGAAGAUCUCCCCUUAGGAAUUUAUAAUCUAAAAUUUGACACAAGGAAAAGAACAGCAGAAGAGGAAGGAGGCUGGAGAAUAAAUAUAAUUAUUUCAGUUAUUUGUAGUUGCCAGACAUUGCUCAAACGCUUUUAAAUCUGCCUUCCCUUCUGUGAGGGCUAGAAACUUCCUGUGACUUUUUAAAGAAAAAAUGGGAGUGGGAGUGGGGAGGAAGAAAACUUAGAUUCUCGCUUUUGUGAUUGGUUCUAAGCUCUGAGUUUUCUGUGCUUGCAUGAAGUUGGUGAAGACUCACACAGUUACAUUUGACAGAUUUCCUGGCAGUGCUCUCAGUUCCUGAGGAUGGCUCCAAAAUGCAAGAAAGUGGAUCAAAGACAGCUGUAGAGAAAAACCCUGGAAGAAAAAAGAGAGAGCUGUAUAACUAGAAAUGGUUCCCAACAUGUUUCAAUGAAGCUCUUUAUCAAGGGAAAUCUGUAACAUACAAACCAAAACAAAAUUAUGCACUAUAAAAAGAUGCUAAGUUACAUACUCUGAAAAGACAGCAGCCCAGAAUACAAAACCAUACCCAGAAAAUUCAGAGGCAUACAGCUUCAGCACUAUAUUGUGUCGUUGUUUAAAUAUUAACUAUAUACAAAAAAUUGAUUCAUAAAAACCUUUAAUACUCAAUAUCACAAUCACAGAAAAACUGUAACUUGCAAAAAGACAUAGAAACCUCCUUUAGAGCACGCCCUACGAUGUGAAUAAAAAACAAUUGUCUUCGAAUGGACGAAAGCACUUCUGAGGAUCGUCAAAAUAUCCUGCCAUUUUGUUUGCCCCAGAAGUACUUACUCUCCUUCCUUGCUUUCCAGGUAUGAGUCAGCCAUUAAUGACUUGAAAGAGGCAUUUGCUCAGCUGCGAGGGAACAACCUAAUAGACUACAAGAUCCUAGGCCUGCAGUUUAGGUUGUUUGCCUGUGAGGUAAGUUUGGGGUUUGAGGAAUACCACGGGAAGCAGCCAACUGGCUCAGUGGACGAUGCCUCAAUUUUAGCAUAUUGCCAUCUAAGCUUACUUGCUUUUUAAAUCAGUUAUUUUAUUUGUGUCUUGCCUUCUUCCAAUGAGCUCAACCCUGCGAGGGUCCCAGCCCAAAGACAAGCGUUUGGAAGCUUAUUUCUUCACUGGCAAAGCACUAGGUCACAUCCGCUCCCAAAGGCUCUCACACACAACCUGCCAUCUAGCUGCUUAGGCAAUCCGCCUCUACAGCCCUGUGCUCUGAUCCAGACAAUUGGAGCAACAGCGUGACAACACCCCUUUCAGCUUACUUAAAUGGACUUUUCUGCUGCGGUGCGCUCAAGCACACGACAACAACUCCUGAGCGGCAGCUCUAGUUACCCCUUCUUUGUGCAUGGAGACAGCAGAGGGGAGGAUGGGGAGAGAUUUCAAAGGCGUGAUUCUCUGUGACCAACUUCCGCCACUGAGACUCCCUCACACCUCCUUUCCCCUCAUUUCUGGCUACCCUGUCUCUCCCCCUUGACUCUCCUCUACCACUGCCCCUGGCACCUGCUUCACAGGUGGCUCAGAACCCCACAAAUUGCUCAUCUCUUCCCCUGGAUCAUGCCUCCUCUGCCUGCACAUCCCCCCACUCCUCAGGCUCUUGCCCAUCCCUGACAUUGAGGCAGGUAACCGUGAGUGAAAGUCCAUUAGUCCAGGCUCUGGACCGGUGUUGUAUUCGACAAAUACUGUUCUCACUCUGGGUGAGAGACCACCCCAAAGGCAUCUUGUUAGCUUCAGGAAUUUGAACCCAGGUCCUCUCAGCAGUCUACCUGCUGCUCCAUCCAAGGAAAUGUGAUUAGGUUCAGACUGUUAUUCUCUGGCACUCCUGCCCCUUUUCCCAACAGGUGUUAUACAACACAGCCCUUGCCCAUUCCAAGCUGGAGGACUGGAAGAAGGCAGAGGAGCAUCUGGCUAGGGCAAUGAAACUGAAGAGCGAACCCCGUCACAACAAAAUCGACAGGGCCAUGGAAUCCAUCCUGGUAAGAAAAUGAAGGAAACGGCAAUCAAUUAGCCUAGGCUCAAAAUACAAAGGCUUUGUAACUUUAGAGGUGGUGCAUUGGUGACCGUUCUAUUUAAGAAUGUAGCAAUGCAUCGCUUUGCUCUGGAGAUCAAGAAACAGCUUCUGAAACUUGCAUUUGAACCCUGAGACCUGGCAAUCCCAUCAAGAUAUGUAUAUGCACAUUGUUGGGGGAAAUAGGUGUGCAGAAGUGAGGAAAAGCUGUAUUUUGAAUUUUGUCUACUGUACUAUUGUUUAAAGUUGCAUAGGAAUCCAGUCUUCCUUUGUAUUUGGUUGUUAGAAUAAUGACUAUAACAGUGUUCCUCAAUCUAGUACCUUCCAGAUUUUGCAGUAACUCCUACUGCCAUCAGCUUCAGCCAGCAUGGGCAAUUGUCAGGGAAGAUGAAAAUUGUAGUUCAACCACAUCUGGAGAGCACCAGGUUGGGGAAGGCUGGGCUGUGGUAUGGCCCUCAUUAUCCUAUGUGUAACAAGCAUGGUACACAAAUAUCGGACAACGCAUGUUGGAUUAUUAUGCCAAUUUUUUAGCAGAUAGCCUUGGAAAAUGGUGAAGUGAUUGACUUUUGUGUGUGUGUGUUGCAGAAGCAAAGAUUCUUUCAGCCCUUUGUGAUUCCUGAAGGGAAGUUGUUUCGGCCAAAUGAGAAGCAAGUGGCACAGCUGGAGAAGAAAGAUUACUUAGGGAAAUCUAUGGUAGGAAGUUAAUCUAUGGCAGAAGUGGAAUUACCCAGCAAAUUUCACUUGUAUUCCUAAAAGGUCAUUCAUGAUAGACAGUAAUAGAGUUGCAGCUGUCUAGAAAAACACAACCCGGCCUGCUCUGGUACCUUUAACCCUAGUUUGAUAUGCAGCAAGUGAAGCUUCUCGUAGCAUGGAGAGAGCCACAACCAAGUCCCUGUGAAAGAAACAGCUACAGAGGCUGCCUGAAACGUCAGCAACUAACUGGCGCCAUAAUUUUAUAAUACAAUAUUUUUAAAAAGCACACCACAAUAAUAAAAAAUAACACUUUCAGAUAAGAAUCCUCCUUUUACUAUUCAAUUCAAAGAGCGUGUGUAAGUUUUAAAAUUAUGAUUUUAUUGUGUUGUUCAAAUAAGCAGACCUCCACUUGCCCCAUGGGAUUUCCCUCACCUCUCCUUCCUGAUAGUGUCCAGAUCAAGGUACGUAAUUGCACCUCUCUAUUGUGCCUUGCUCAGGCCACACCUGAAGUUCUGUGCCAGUUCUGGGCACCACAAAUCAAGGAGGAUAUUGGCAAGCUGGAAUGUGUGCAGAGGAGGGCAACCAAGAUGAUUAAGGGUUUGGAAACCAAACCUUAUGAGGAACAGCUGAGGAAGCUGGGUAUGUUUAGCCUGGAAAAGAGGAAACUGAGAGGAGAUAUAAAAGCCGCCUUCAAAUAUCUCAAGGGCUGUCAUAUGGAGGAUGGAGCAGGCUUGUUUUCUCCUGCUGUGGAGGUUAGGCCCCAACCAAUGGCUUCAAGAUACAAGAAAGAAGAUUCCGACUAAGAACUUUCUAACAGUAAGAGCUGUUUGACUGUGGAACAGACUCCCUCAGAAGGUGGUGGACUCUCCUUCACUGGAAGUUUUUAAGCAGAGGUUGGGUGACUAUCUGGCAUAGAUGCUUUAGUUGAAAUUCCUGCAUUGCAGGGGGUUGAACUAGAUGACCCUCAGGGUCCCUUCCAACCCUACAAUUCUAUGAAUUCAGCUUAUUGGCAAGGAAUGCCAGGAUCAAAUAAAACUUCAGUGAGUCCCUAACAAAGGAGAGAAAUAGAGAACCCUGCCAAUAAUUACUUUUAUCUAUAUAGUGCUGAAGAUGUGGCACUCAGGAGGUUAAUAUGAGCAGCCUAGCAGAAACCUAGAUUAAGAGAGCAUAAACCACUUGACAUUACCAGUGUGAAUAAAGCUACUAAUCAUGUUCCUCCUUCUAACUCCAGGUUGUGGCUUCUGUGGUUGACAAUGAUGAGUUUUCAGGCUUUGCGCCUCUUCAGCCUCAGGUAAGACAGAGGACUUUCCUAUGACAGAACAUUUUGAUGAACUUCCCCCCAAACCAGCUUCAAUCUGAAUUGAGAAAAAGAAUGGCCUGGCUGUGAUUUAAGCUGUAAUGUAUCCUCAGUCUUGCCGUCAAUGAACUGGAGGCAGCAGCACUGGAAAAGAUCCCUGAUCACGUUUUCAGGCAGAGAGGCAGGCAGCGCAGGCCACACACACUCCAGCAAGCAUUGGGUGUGUGCCUGUGUUGCUCAGCUGGGCUGCUCUGUGGUGCAUGCAAGCAUGAAAGUGGUUGCCAGGCAGAGUAGUAAGUGUCAAUGCACCACCUAAACCACUAGCCUGCUGCCCUUGAGAUGCAGUGGGAGGUGCCAUCCUGCUGCCAGUGUUGAAGUAAGAUUCAGCUGCCAGUCCAGCCAGCUUCUGUACAAGGAAUGGGAGGAUGCCAUCUUGCCUCUUGCCUCAGGCAGCAGAACGUCUUGGGCUGGCCUUGGUAGCCAUGACAAGACUCCCAACCCCACUCUAGUCUGAAACACUUGCAUCUCUCUUCAGGCCAGAUAGAUUCUGAACACAGGGCCUGACUUCAAAGUUAACUGCAGUAUAGAGGAGAGGUUAAUGCUAAAAUAUGUUGCUUGCAGACAUCAGAACCACCUCCCAGACCAAAAUCACCAGAAGCCCUCAGGUAAGAUCAAUAAACUGCAGAGAACCCCAGCAUUCAGUAGCUCCCAUUGGUCUAGAAAGUGAUUCGUAGGAGAUUCUGCUCUCCUAUGACUAGAUAAGGAAUAGAGAAAUAAACCCAAAAAUCUGUUUAGAACUGAGUACAGCACCAUGAAGUCUGGAUGUCUUCAUUAUGAGGAUAUGGGUGGUAUCUGACAAAAUAUUUUUGUUAGCACAAGGAUUUCCACUUCUGCAAUGGAACUUCCUUUCCCUCUCCUCUUCCUGUGUGUCCCCCACACCCUCCCCAACUCUGCUCCAGAGGGUGGAUUGAACCACCAUAAUCAGUUUAGGGGGCACAUGGGAGAUGCAUGGGGAGAAAAGAGGGAGGGGAAGUUCUGUUGCACAGCCAAAGGUUAUUGUUCUCAGACAACUACUUGAUUGGAUACUGACCUAUGAACCUACACCAUCUUAACAGAAACACAUUUUAUCCCCCCACCAUUUUUUGCUUCAUUAGGAAAAAAAAGGAAAUAAAACAUUUCAAACACGUAGUGAUAUGAAAUACAACUUUUGAAAUACAAUAGUCUGUGCUUGGGAUGUUUGCACAAACUAUUCCACUUAGGAUUUGCUGUUUAAUACAGGCUGUUUCAACAAUAUAAAUAGGUGACCUCUGGGCACAUGUGCAUAAUAAAAGAAAGCAGCCACCGGACUAUUUCCCCACACAUCUAGCUCACUGGUGGGAUGGUUUUUGCACUCAUUCCAUUGCGUUCCCAGUGACUUGGAUGUGCACUAAAGCAAUCAGUUGAUGAUGAUGAUGAUGAAACUGUCAGCUGAUUUGUCAUGCAGGGCCCUGCAAGGAGAACCUCACAGAGUCCUGUACGAAUUCAUACCAGAAACAGCAGCGGAACUUGAAGUCCUUCCUGGAAACAUUGUUUUUGUCUUGAAGAAAGCGAAAGACAACUGGGCUACUGUUGUCUUUAAUGGGAAGGUAUAAGGCCAGCAAGGGUAAUUCUACAGAGAACACCUGCACUGUUGUUCCACUGGCAUGAACUGUUGGUACCAUUUUGGGGUUGCAUUCUAGUUGUCUUGAACUAAACAGUAGAUAGCGGUCUACUCAGGAUUUACUGCAGGGGGUGAAAAACCACAUGUGCACUAGGUGGCACUGUUGAGCUACAUCAGAUAUAGGGGCUCAGCACAGUGACACGUAGUCUAAAGUGCUUGAAGUUCAGAAUGUGCUGUGGGCUUGAGUUCUGAUGUGGACUAAUUCUUCUGAGACAGAAUAGUACCAUCCCAUAGGGUUGUCUCCUGCCCAGCUCUGCUCCUGGACCCCAUGUAAAGGAGACAUACCUUAUUGGAUCCAAUAUAUGGUAGCAUAGUUGCAGGUGGGUUUGCAUGUUCAUAUUUGGGCUGUUUUCUGCUGUACAGUACAACAGUUGAUAAAGGGUCUGGAAACCAAGCCUUAUGAGGAACAGUUGAGAGAACUGGGUAUGUUUAGCCCGCUAAAGGUAAUUGAGAGAGCGGUUGCUGAACAGCUUGGUAGGUUUCUGGAGGAAACAUCGGCUUUAGAUCCAUUUCAGUCCGGUUUCCGUCCUGGUUUUGGGACCGAGACGGCUCUGGUUGCCCUAACAGACGAUCUCCGUAGACAGCUGGAUCAAGGUGGGUCAGGACUGGUGAUCCUUUUAGAUUUGUCAGCAGCCUUUGACAUGGUCGAUCAUGAUCUUCUGGACCACCGCCUCGCAGACGUGGGGAUACAGGGCAUAGCCCGUAACUGGCUGUGCUCUUUUAUCUCUGGUCGGGGACAGAGGGUGGCACUAGGGAGGGAAAUGUCGUCGCGCCAUUCCUUGGUGUGUGGAGUGCCGCAGGGCGCAAUUCUCUCCCCAAUGCUUUUUAACAUCUUUAUGCGCCCCCUUGCCCAGAUUAUCCGGAGCUUUGGGCUGGGCUGUCACCAAUAUGCUGAUGACACUCAGCUCUAUCUGCUGAUGGAUGGCCACACCGACUCGGCCCCGAACACACUGACCAGAUGCUUGGAAGCUGUGGCUGGAUGGUUUCGUGGGAGCCGAUUGAAACUAAAUCCUUUGAAGACAGAGGUCCUAUGGCUGGGUCGGGAUGGCAUGGGGAUGAGGGACCAACUCCCUUCUCUUGCGGGGCCCAAUUAGUGCCAUUGCCUUCCGUUAAGAGUUUGGGUGUAAUCCUUGAUGCCUCCCUUUCCAUGGAGGCGCAAGUUACAGCAACAGCCAAGGCGACAUUUUUCCACCUUCGCCGCAUCAAGCAGUUGGUCCCUUACCUUUCCCGCCCCGACCUGGCCACAGUGAUCCAUGCGACGGUCAUCUCCAGGCUUGACUACUGUAAUUCGCUCUACGCGGGGCUGCCCUUGAAGCUGACCCAGAAACUCCAGGGGGUGCAGAAUGCUGCAGCGAGGCUGCUCAUGGGGUCCCUGCCAUGGGAGCAUAUUCACCCAGUGCUUUUCCAGCUGCACUGGCUCCUGGUGGAGUACAAGGUCAGAUUUAAGGUGCUGCUUUUGACCUUUAAAGCCCUUCACGGCCUAGGACCCUCGUACCUAUGGGACCGCCUCUCCCGGUCUGCCCCACGGAGAGCCUCAAGGUCCAUAAAUAGCAACACCCUAGUGGUCCUGGGCCCUAAGGAAGUUAAAUUAGCUUCAACUAGAGCCAGGGCCUUUUCAACACUGGCCCCAGCCUGGUGGAACGCUCUGCCUCAUGAGACCAGGGCCCCCGCAGGGCCUGUAAGACAGAGUUGUUCCGCCUGGCCUUUGGCUUGGAGCCAAUUUGAUUCCCUCCCUCUCUUUCUUUUUUCUUUUCCUUCUCCCUCUGCGAUGAGGCUACAUUUUAAUAUUUUAAUGUUUCAAUAUUUUAAUGUUGUAUUUUUUAAUUUUGUUUUUAAGUUGUAAUCAUUUAACUUGUUUUUAUUAUUGCUUGUAAGCCGCUCUGAGCCCGGCCUUGGCUGGGGAGGGCAGGGUAUAAAUAAAAAUUAUUAUUAUUAUUAUUAUUAUUAAAGAGACCAAGCGGAGAUAUGAUAGCCAUAAUAUCUGAAGGGCUGUCACAUGAAAGAUGGAGCAAGCUUGUUUUCUCUUGCUCCAGAGGCUAGGACCUGAAUCAAUGGAUUUAAGUUACAAGAAAGGUGAUUCCAACUAAACAUCAGGAAGAGCUGUUCAACAGUGGAACAGACUGUCAUGAGAGGUGGUGGACUCUCCUUCCUUGGAGGUUUUUAAGCAGAGGUGGAAUGGUCAUCUGUCAUGGAUGCUUUAGUUGAGAUUUCUGAAUCUAGAUGUCCCUCAGGAUCUCUUCCAACUAUACAAUUCUUUGAUUCCCCACAGCAGGGAAGCACUACACAAAAAUUAGGUAAAAUAUCAGAAGGGAGUAUGAGAAGUUGCCCUGAGAUGAAAGAAACUGAGACCCCCCCCCCAGCCACCUCUCAGCACCUGCAGGCAACUUUUCAAGUAAAGCGACCUGCUUAGGCCUGAUGGAGUGAAUCAGUGAAGUUAAAAUGCUGCCGUUCAAAAUCUGGAGAUUAGAAUCUGGAGGGGUGACAGAGCCCCCUGUGUGCAGUCUUGGAGUCUUUUCUUUGCCCACAAUGUACAACUCUGACACCAUCCUGCCUCCUAGCAAUAUCUUGGUUUUGCUUUUCAUACAGCAAGGGAUCAUACCCUGCAACUUCCUAGAGCCAAUGGGAAUGAAAUUCUCUUCAGGCCAGGUAAGAGAAUAAAUAUUAAUUCUUAGGGCAAAACUUGACAUGAUAAUUUAUACAAGGCUGCUUGCCAAAAAUGGGAGUGUGUGUUUGGUUCCCCUCUCCCCUCCGUAACCCUGGCCCUAUUCAGCCAUGGACCAACAUCACCAACAUUCUGUGUUUCCCUGGCAAGGAUGUCAGGUCGGGAAAUGGCUACUCUUGUAACAUUAGUGGAUGGGUAAGGUGUCUUGAAUAUUAUGGAUGAAGAUGCACACCACUCAUUUCCACUUAGCCUAUGUCUAUUUCCACUUUUGCUGUUACAACCAGGACACUUUGCUUUACGGUCCAUAUAUUAUUUGGUCUAGUCUCUUGUUAUUAUUCUGGAUAGAAAAGUAAGUCUGGGAAUAUAGACAUUUAAUUUCACAUUUAUAAAACAACCUAUACAUCUUAAAUUAUAAAACACUAAAGAAAUAAGGCAAACAUACAAAAUCAUCACAGGAGCAAAUAUAAAGUACAGUGGUGCCCCGCAAGAUGAAUGCCUCGCAAGACGGAAAACCCGCUAGACGAAAGGGUUUUCCGUUUUUUGAUGCGCUUCGCAGGACGAAUUUCCCUAUGGGCUUGCUUCGCAAGACAAAAAUGUCUUGCGAGUCUUGAGGUUUUUUUCGCUUUCCCCCCCUUUUUCUAAGCCACUAAGCCGCUAAUAGCCUUUUAGCCGCUAAGCCGCUAAGCCUUUAAUAGCCGCUAAACCGCUAAUAGCGCUAAGCCGCUAAGCCGCUAAUAGGGUUGCUUCGCAAGACGAGAAAACCGCUAGACGAAGAGACUCGCGGAACGGAUUAAUUUCGUCUUGCGAGGCACCACUGUACAAGGAACAGAUAAUCCUGGAUAAUGCUACAGAGGAAAUAUUCUGAAUUGUCAAUAAUAAGACCAUUAUAUUUAAUAUUUUUCUUUCCCUGUUUGUAAAACCCACAGGCAAAGGAAAGCAUCUGGAAAGAUAAUAACUUGCCCAGGAACAGCUGAGAUUUGAACUCAGCCCCCCCACAGUGAGGGUCAAAUGAUCGCCUUCUCACAUGGUCUCUUUUUGAAGGAAUGGCAUGAGUACAAUGUGUGUGACUGGAUUAUGCAUGUAAAAGUUCUUCUCAGAACCCAAUAGGCAGGAUCUAAUAUAAGCUCAUUUGCAGGCUCCUGGAAUAGUUAACUGGAUAACUUGUUGGUGAACGAUUAGGCAAGGUUUCAAGUUUAAAACUCUUCCAUCAAGUUAAACACUUUCUGUCUGUGGAAUAUUAGAGAGUUACUCCAAAUCUUGCCUGUUCUUUCGCUUCCAACAAAGAGGGGCUGCCUUGCAUAUUUUGCAUUGCUUAUUUCUGCGAUGCAUGACAGUCAUGCUUGUUUCCAUUUCAUACAGCAAGGAAUUGGUGCAGAUGUUGACAUCCCUCCUCCACCCAGCUUUGCUGCCCCAGAUUGCCCUGAGAGGUGUCCCUCAGGUGAGUAAGAGUGACAGACAGUGAAUCCUUUCUAAGGUCCAAUGCAUAUAUGACAGUAGCUCUACUUGGCAUGCUGCAGAAGUAUAAGGACUACACAGAAAGAGGGGAAGCAGGGACAAAUGUACUAAGCCCUUCCCUCUCUCCCCGUCACUUUGCCCAUCACUCUUUAUGAGUUGGAGUGAAAGUGAAGUUUCUGAAGUGGGGAGCCUUCUCUGCAUGAUUUAGAACACCAAUUUUGUAUGGUUCUAAAUCACGCUGAGAGCAACAGCCAAUGCCUGUGUACCACCCAAGAACAUUUUUUUGGUUAUUCCCUGCUCACAAAACUGCUCUUCUUUUUCUUCCAGAUGAGGAAAGAGCACCACAGGUAAAUGACCACCUUGCAGUGUGAGCUUCUGGACAUGGGACACAAGCCUAAGACUUUGUGUGAUGUAUUGACGCAUAACUGAACCAAAACAAAUUGAGGCAGGGCUGGGGCUGGGAAGUUCUCACACUCUGCAUUUGAACAUGGCCAACUGGAAACCUAAGGGCCCCAGAGUUUUGAUUUCAGUUUUGAUAGUUCAGUGUCCACAUGUAAUAAAUAACAACAACAACAACAACAACAACAAUAAAUUAUAUGCCACCCAUCUGACUGGGUUGCUCAGCCAUUCUGGGCAUUUCCAACAAAUUAUAAAGCCAUCAUAAAAUAUCAAAAGUAAAAAACCCCCUAUACAAGGCUGCCUUCAGAUGUCUUCAAAAAAUCAGAUAGUUGUUUACUUGUUUGACAUCUGAUGGGAGGACAUUCCAGAGGGCAGGCGCCACUACUGAGAAGGCCCUCUUGCCUGGUUCCUGUAACCACACUUCUUGCAAUGAAGGCCCUUGGAGCUGGACCUCAGUGUCCGGGUUGAACCAUGGGGGUAGAGACACUCCUUCAGGUAUACUGGGCCGAAGCUUUUGUAUUGAUAAACAAAUGGCAUACAAAGAAAUAGCUCUUGCGGUUACCCUUGGUUUUGUAGCCCAGCCACUCAUCCUUUAACCAUGCCAAUUUUCCUUGAAGUCAAAAUUUAAAAUAAAAACCUUAGGGAUUACCAGUCAACUAACUUUGAUUUCACUGAUGUUCGAGAUCCAUUUAAGUUGGCUUUCAAGCCUGAUUUGCCAUCCUGUGGGAUGAUCUUUGCCAUGAGAGUGGGAAAGGCAAUCCUGUUGAUUCUCUCGGACCUCUCCAUGGCUUGUCAUACCAGGAUAUCCCUUUGGACUGUAAUAUUCAUGUUGGAGGCAACUUUCUGCAGUGGUUCUGCUCCUUGGAGGACCAGCUACAGAAGGUAUAGCUGUGGGCUUGGUGAUCAACAAGUCCCUCCCUUUCCCCAUCCAGUAAUUAUGCUUUGGGGUCCUACAGGGUUCUGUUCUAUCACCCAUGCCCUUUAACAGCUACCUGAAACCACUGGAAGAGGUAAUCCAGAGUUCGACUGAGAUGUCACCAAGAUGCGAGUGACACCAAGUGUUCUCUCUCUUUCAUCAAGCUCAGGUGUGGCACAGGGUGUGCUAAAUCAGUACCUAGGCACAGUGACGGACUGGUUGAGGCUCACUAAACUGUGGCUCAGCCCAGACUAGAUGGAUGUUUGUGGGUGGUAUUCAAUUUGUUCUAAUGGGGUUUGUUACUCCCCCAGCCCCCAAAAGCAAGGAUAGGGAGCCUGUGCUCCUCCAGAUGUUGCUGGGACUACAGUUACCAUUACCCCUGACUGAGGCUGAAGGGAUUUGCGGGGGUCGUAGGUUCUCCAGUCUUGCAGUAAAGGGUCAUGUUUGCCACCCAGAGGUGCUUUUUAACCCAGCAGUGUGAUUAGAAGCCCCAGUGACCUCUGAACACAUUUUAGCAGCUUAGACUGAUAUGCGACCUACCUGGACAGAGAGAGUCUUGUUUCCAUUAUCCAUGUUCUGGUGAUCUUUGCUGUGUGUCUAUGAGGCAGAAGGCCUUUUUGGUAGGAACACACUGACUGUGAGAUACUCCUCUGGUGCCUACUUCCUGGUUUUUUGGGCAGAGGUGAGAAGCUUUUUGCUUUUACUGGCCCUUAGUUAUACUGAUUUUGCUACUUCCUUUUUUAGUCUUUGCUUUUAUGGGCUAUCAUUGUAAUAGCAUGAGCUCCCCAUAGAAUUUUGCAAUUGGAUGGUGUUGUAAAGAUUGUAAAUAAAUAACAAGUUGCCUCUGAGCAUAUACAAACUUUAGAUUUUUAAAGGACAAGGAUUCCAUCUCAUGGCAGAGUUCCCAGUACAUCACCAUUUGCUUCAGAAAUUAAGCACUCUUUCCCUUCUGCUGAACAGGAUCCUGAGAACACAUUUCAACUUAUUUUUGAAAAAUUAAAAGACCAUGGCACUCCUGUGCCAUUUCCCUCCUCCUACAGUUCAUUGGCCUGGACACCCCCUACAUUGUCAAAGUGCAUUACAAAUACACCAUCGCCCUGCAAGGGAGCCCUGAGAUGUCCUACUGCAGCCUCCUGGAGAAAGUGUGUCUGAAGCUGGGACUCUCACCCCAGCACACGAAACUGAGGUAGGAGAUGCGCCCUGGCCUCCCCUUGCCAAAUCCGCCUCGACUGAGGAGAGAGGGAUGCUUCUGUAUUCACUUGUUUCUGCUGUCUGUUGUUCAGCUACCGACCUACAGACAGCAAGGAACUGGUGCUGCUCAGUGAGGAUAGCAGGAUGGAGACCGUGUGGACUCAUGCCAGGGACAAGUGCUUGACCUUGUGGUGCAGCAGUGAGCAGGUAGGCAAUACUGGAGCAGAAGGCAUUCUGUCACCAAUCUCCGCCCACUUCCCCAAAAUAUUUCAGAGCCCUUUGCUGAAAGUCCAGCUUCUAUUUAUUAACCCUUGUUAACCAGAAUAGCAAAAUGUGCAGGUGUUUUCCUGCUCAGUCACUCAGAAAGAAGCCCUGUUUCCUCCUUUCUUCCUGCAAUCUGGCCUACGAGAACACUGGCAAUGGGAUAAUUGACAAGCACUUUAAUAUUUAUAAUUGGUUUUUUUAUUUAAAAAAAAACAUUCACUUUAAUUAAACAUUGCUUAUAUUUAGCUUUUUAUAGUUUUGAAUUGACUUGAUGGCAUCAGUGAUGUUGGUGGAUAAAUAUUUGAAAAUAUCCCAGUCUAUUGAUUGGAAGAGAGAGAACUGCAGCAGAGCUUUCGUUUUUGUCCCCUAACUGUGCCCACAGUGGAGUGUGUACCAAGUGUGAUCUUGGAAACCUGGGUUCAAAUCAAACUAAGUUCACUUCAUGGCCAUUGCCAACUUGAUUCUCAGUCUAACCUUUGUGGGCAAAGCAAAAAAAGAAGAAGAAAAAAAGUGUGUGUGUGAAAAUAAACCUGUGUAUACCACCUGCAAAAGUACUAACAAUCACCUUUGCCUUACCUCUUCUCCUGCUUGCCAUCACCCUGCCUUCACUGAAUAAAACACUCGCAGUUCAGGGUGGAAAAAGCAUCCAAAGUACAUGCAUGAAAACUACACACAGAUCCAAAAUUGCUGAAUGGGCAUGUCCAGUUGAACACUUUUAUUUCUACUGAACUGCAGGCAUUUUGGAAAGAAGUUGCCAUCUGGCAUGGCAGGAAGUUUCUAUUUAAUACAAGCCUAAAACUGCUGCCUUGGUCUUGCACAAUUAGCUGCACAGUUCUUUGGAUCCCAGUCAUUAGGCAAAAGCAUACAACACUUUAAAGCACAAGAUUUAUUUUCUUCAUCUGACAUUUGUAUUUCCAAGGGGCAGAAUAGUCCUGGAUAUAAAUCUCAAGAGAUUUCCAAAGCCAUCAGUAAAAAUUAGCUCCUAUCUGGUGGCCAGCAUUCCAGGAAUAUUCUGGAAUCUACAGCUUGUGUGUGGAAGAAAUUGAAAACAGAUCAUUCCCUCAAUAAGCUGGCCUCAAUAAGUGUGAACCUAUAGAGGUUUGGUGCACAUUUUGCACAGCAAGGGACCAGGAGAUGAUGGCAAGGUUGGUAGAAGUGUUGUGCUGAGCUGUUUGCUGGCUUCUUAGCAACUCUCACCUCUUUCCCAGUACACAACUCAUCUUUUCCCUUGCCCAUACAAUUGUGACUAAGGUGGGAUACAUGGAAGUAGGAUGAGGCUGCCAAGCUGGUGUCAAGGAUAUUGCUCUGCUUUCCUUUGGACCACGUCAGCAAGGCCAAGAGAGUGGUCUUGUCGUCUGGACAGCCCAGGAUCUCCAUACACACUGCCCAGGCUUGCACCCUGGAGAGGUCACUUUGCUGCUGCUAACUCAGCAGUUUGACUUCACCCUUGGAGACACAAUCCAUUGUUUCUCAAGACAGAUGGAUUUUUCUGCACAGUUCAUUGCUCUGGACUUGGGACCUUUCCUGUCAGAUGCCCCUGCAGGUGGGUAAAUCCGCUGCACACAACUUGAUAUUUUGAUCACUCCCAACACGGCGUUACCUGAAUGCCCAGAACAGAGUGUCAUACAGAAACAUAGUGGGCAGGCUCCUCUGAUAGGAGGUAGCGCUCUCUUGCCCAUUGUAAACACAGCCCUUCCUGCUUUGAAGGGAUGGAAUUGUGCCUCAGACACCUGAUGUUUCCAAACCAUUUGCCCCAACCCCUCUAAAAAAAGUUUGGGACUCUGCUGAACUUCAGCAUACAAACAUGAUAUCCAUGUGAAAACAUGAGAGAGGAGGCCUAAUACUGGCUCUGUGAAUAACUUAAUUUCUGUUAAUCCUGAUGAAUAUUUUCCAGUUGCAGGUGCAAGAUUAACUGAAAAUCUUGCAUUUUUACAGCAGUAUUAGAUAGAUAUGAAGAACGUGGGAGGCUUACUUGUUUUUUUAAUGUACUGCUAAUUAAGGAAAUGGCUAAAGAGAUGUUUGAACUGGCUGUUUCUUACACCAGGCAGGCAAAGACAAUCUAAAUAUGGAAGAUGGAAAGGAGGCUGAGCAGAAGAUAACAAAACAGACAGAUGCCAAACAGGUUGUAGCACGGUAUACUUAUGAAGCCAGCCAGCCAGAGGACUUGGAAUUCCAACAGGGGGAGACAAUACUUGUUCUGGCUAAAGGUAAACUAACCCUAAAUCAGAGAACCUUACUAACCAUACAUGGGGGAUCUACCACCCUACACAAUUUUGAGACAUUACGCAAAAGUUGCCAUAACUCGCAUCUAUUGAGAGAACUUCAAGGAUGCAAAUUCAUUUUCUUGACGAAUCAAUUCUAACCUAUAAUUUGCUAUAUUCACUGUGUUUUCUUCAAGAGUGUGAACAUGCAGUACUUGAAGGCCAUGACCUGUAUCAGGCAUGUGUAUCGAUGUUUCUAAGCCCAAGAACCAUGCAGAAGACCUCUUCCUUAGGGUCAAGAGCUCUUUCAGAAAGUGGUGCUGGUACCACUUGCUAAUCCUUCUGCCCUCCAUUUUGGACCCCACCAUCAUCAGGAGAGCACCAGGCUGCUAAGUCAAUAACUGGCAACUAUGGGCCCCUUGCAUCUUCUACAGCUACUACUGCCCUUCUCUUCUGGGCUCCUUCUCCUUUUUAGCUCCCAUGGACCAAGAGAUGCAGAAUUGCCAGACUGCAACCUGGAGGUCCUGCUUCUAGCUUUAAACCAUCUGAUGCAGGAGUAUUCUAGACAUCCUGCUCUAAUUCCCCCACUGGUCAUCUCACUCACCUAUGCUAUGGAGUAGUCCCAAUGCUCAUGCUCAUUCCAGCAAGUACUGGAAAAAGGGCAGACACAAAGAUCAGCGAAGGAAUGGGGCAGGAGGUGUUGCAGCUGCAUUCUCUCUUGCUACCUCAUGACCUUUAAAGAAGUGGUGUAAAACCUGUGGCCCUACAGGAGUUGGUAGAUUAAACUCCCAUCGGCCACAUCCAGCCUGGCUAUUGGCCAAGGAUGGUGGGAGUUAUAGUUCAGCUACGCUGCUCAUGUGUUUUAAGGUAGCAAACAUGAUUGCUAGGCUGUAAUCUGACAAUUUAAGGCUGGGCAUGCAUGGCAGAAAAGCCAGCUGCCUCUUGCUGGGAAUCAAGCUUGAACUUCUCACAUUUAUUAGAGAAUUCACGACCAUCACUGUAUAACACUUUCCCACACUUCUCAAUUCAAGUGCGUUUUGUAGGUUGGGAAACAAUCACUGAUUCAAUCAGCAGUCACCUGAAAGCAAAUUGGCUUCCACUGGUAGGAAACAAAUUCCUGCUGUCACAAAACUCCAUAUUCUGUUUUGGCCAUUGCCAUCUUAUCACACAAACUAUGCUGGUCAAGAGAGCUUGAGGAACCAUCAAGAACACAUUUAGUGGCUUGAAGCCAUGAGGGUUGCUCCAUGUAGAGGGGAAGAAUAGCUUCACAGGCCAAUGGGAAGGGGAAAUUGCAUCUUGUUGUGGAAUAUAUCCUGUAUGAAAGUUCAACCAUCUUAUGCUCAUCUUUGCAUGUCAGGAAAUGGCAGAAUAGAGCUCAGGACAAAACCAUUAUACAAGUAAGAAAAUAACCAUAUACACAGCAAUUUGUUGCUCAGUAUACUUCCUGUUCCAUAUGAAAUUACUUAUGCUAAACAGACAUCCUAGUUUCACAAUACCAAAGUAGAUGGGUGAGUGUGCUUUUGAAAAUUCUAACAGAACUUGUCUGCCUCCACCUGGAUAAUUCUGUGUCUCAUCAUAUUCUCCAUCCGCAGAUAAAAUAAGAAGGGCAGUUCAAAGACUACCCACUGUUUUGAUAAGGCUGUUAAGGGAACCCACUGUAAGAUAGCAAAGUACCAAAGAAGCCAAGGUACUCUUUCUCAGAUGCUUCCCCAAACAUCUUAUUGAAGGGACUCUCUGUUCUGAAAGACAUCUGAAAGCCGUUGCUGUAGAACGUCCUUAUUUUUCUGGUGUAUCAGCUAUGACUUCUCAGUAAGACUUGCAGGGGAAACAGCCUGUGGUUGGUUUGCUAUGUUUACGUGUAUCUGGACCUUAGACUUCGUAAUGAUCCAGUAAUUCUCCAAGUUAUUUCUGCAACCUCAUUCUUUGAGUUUUCACCUGCCAUUUAUGCUGCAAGUGGUUUUCUUCUAACAAGACCCCAUUAUUUUAAUUUCAGUUUCUCUAAAGGUAGACUAUAUUGGCACUGGAAGAGCCAAAGAGCUCCACUCAGUCCACUCAGUGCAGCCCUGAAUGGCAUUUUCAGCAACACAGCUUGAGGGAAGCAAAAAGCUUCCCCUCUCAAAAUACUGCCGAGAGGCAGUAUUUCAGAUGUUAACAGAUGUAGCAAUGUUAACAGAUGAAGAUGGUUAGUCUGUUCCUACUUAACUGUACAAAAACACACACAAUUAUAAUUCUUAGUCCUUUAUGAGUAUCAAGUACUGAGCAGAUGAUCUGGCUCUCCAUUAUUCCCAGUCCUUGUUCUGACAUCAAAGGUAUCUAGCAACAAGAGGGGUCACGGCCUCUGUACCUUCAGGAGUCGUGAAGCAACUGAUAAGUGCAACUUGUCAUGUUGGGAUAAGAGAAGUUGUACCUUCAAAAAUUCCCUCUGCUGCAAAACUAUGAGAGGCACAAGGAGAUCCAUUCUCCUUUACAUCUUGGUUGCAUUUCUCGAAGGCACUGCAGAAUCUGGUUGGAUUCUUUACAUUCCACCUCUUCCUGAUUCUUGCCCAUUAAUGGAUUAAGUUUGUGACUCUAACACAAUGUUAUUUCAUCUUCUAGUGAAUGAUGAUUGGCUGGAAGGGGAGUGCAAUGGAAAAGUUGGCAUUUUCCCCAAAGCCUUUGUUGAAGAAGACAGCAGCCAAGAUCCCAAAUCUCUUUCUACAGUGUAACAAGCUCAAAACCCUACAAAGAACCAAGAGGACCCCGAUGCGUUUUCCUCUGAAGGCAACUCAUCCCAUUAUAAGACAUUUAAUCCAUGUUCGCUGAAUCUUCUAGGGAUUGAUUUAUCUUAUUUUUUGAAUUUUAUAUUCUGCUUAAAUGAAUAUCCAUUGAGGUCUGCACUGGGUUUUUUAAAACUCAUCUCCUAGCUAAAGCAUGAGCCAAAUUGGUUAUAUGAAAAAACUGUUGGGUUGAUCCUUCUAUGUCCAGUCAUAAUAGUUACAGCAACAGCAGAUAUCAUGGUUGUCCAUUUCAGUUUCUGGUAGGGGUUCCCAGGUCACAGUCUAUAGAGGACAUGCACACAGCUUUAAAUUGUCUAAGAUGACUCACCCUUGGCUUCUGAAGUCUGUUCUGCAUCCUCUUGCUGCUAUAAGGGUAACACCUUAUUUAUCAAUCAGGGCACCUUAUUCAAGAUGAAACAAAAGGUGCAGGAGAAGCUACAAGGCCUCUCAUGUCCUGCAGCCAAAGAGUUUUGGUUGUUUUUCUUAACUGCAUGUGUGUCUCUGGGAUACCACCUGGGAAUCCUAGUUAACAGUCAUGAAAAGUUGGUUUACAAGAAUUCAGCUUCCAGGUGAUUAAUAAUCAGUGGUUUAGUUACUCUGCAAUGCCUUUCCAGAAUGACAGCUACAUUUUGAAAUGCUUAAUAAAUACUUGAAAGCCAGUAAAGCUCUCAGUAACUUUUAGAUGUUUGAAGUUUCCACAAAAAGCUGCAGUUCUGUCAUUUUAUCAAUAAAACUGCAUUGUUCUUUAG